AUGGAAGAGCAAGAUCGCAUCACCAUAACCAUCUGCGGCGACGGAGGAUGCGGAAAGAGUUCCAUAACCCUCCGCCUGGUCCGCUCAGAAUGGACAUCAGACUACGACCCCACAAUCGAAGACUCGUACUCCGUAACCCGCGCCGUGGACGGACACUCCUACUACCUGAUGCUGACCGACACGGCGGGGCAGGAAGAAUACCGCGGCCUCUGGGCAGCCUCAAACCUGCAAUCCGACGCCUUCCUGCUCGUGUACGACAUCACAUCGCCCAACUCGCUCGACGCACUCGACUACUUCAUAGAGAUGAUCGACAUGGAGACCGAGAACCGGCUGGACAACGGCAAGGUCCCGCCGGUCAAGAUCGUGGCCGGAAACAAGUGCGAUCUGCAGAGCAUGCGCGCGAUUGAGGCGAAGAAGGGGUUGGAGUGGGCGCGCAAGAGGGGUUGUGGGUUCAUGGAGACGAGCGCCAGGGAGAUGGUUAAUAUUGAGGAGACGUUUGCGCUGCUGGUUAGGAGGGUGGUCGAGGCGAGGACGAAUGAUGGGAGAGGAGGAGCGGGAGCCAUGUCGUACCCUCAGACGCCUAAACUGCCGUCAACGGGAGGCGAGAAGGCGACACGGCAGCUGGAUGCGGGGGGUGAGGACGAGAAGCAGAGCUUCUGGAGUAAGCUGAAGUGCUGGUAG